UAUGAUUAUACCUACUGUAUAUCGAACAAAACUAAACAAACAUAUUACAAUUAUUACUUACUGUGCAAAUUGUUCUUUCUACAUAAUGGGUCCACGAUAAAUCCACAUAUAAAAAUUACUGCAGUCUAUCGUAACUAAGAAAACAUCUUUGGCGCCAUCUGUAAUACUAGAGCGGAGUUUAAUGGACGUUUUCAAGAAAUGAAUACUUGCGCCGUCUAUGUCACGUGACUAAAUUAGAAGUAGAGAUUAUUAUGGAACUAAACAUAGGAAGGAUAACAUCGAAUUAGAGAAAUCAAACACAAUUAGUCAUUAAAUGGCCACCUUAUUUUCAACGAGUUCAAAUUUAUGGGAUCGAUUCGAAUCGAUGGAGUCUCGAUUGGGACGAUUCGAAAGUAGACCGUUCAAUGGUGGACAACAGCAACAACGACCGUCGUCGAGUAAAUUUAAAGGUGAAAAAAAUUUCAUUGAAAAAUCGAUAAAUUACGAACGGUCUAAUAAUAGUCAAGCCGAUAAGAAAAUUUUGUCGACGAGGAAGAGGAAUGUGAAUUAUUAUAUUUCGAAUGAAGAACCAUCGUCCUCGUCACCGAUGAUCUCUACAAAAAGUCUUAGGAAUGUUUCGAACAACAAGGACAAUUCUUUCAAAGUAAAGACGUCGGCCUUACUCUAUGAGAUAACAGAACGUAUAAAUCGAUUGGCACAACCGCGCAUACGAACGAACGUAUUGGAUCCAACAGAAAAUCGUACAAAUUUGAAUAAAAAAAUUCCAAAGGCAACGCCAAGAAUUCUCGAACUUUCGAAACCAAAAACAAUUUACGUGCCACCAUCUAAAUUACUUCAUUACGUCGCACCGGCUGCUUUAUUGGCAAUUCGUUAGUAAACGCACGCACAUAUAUGAAUAUCUAUAUAAUAAUUAAAAUAAUUUUUUUAUCAUUUUUUUUUCUUUCUCCACCCACUCACCCACUCCUCUACUUCCUACACACAGACACACACACGUAUAUAU